GCUGAUAACACGCGGUGUGCCAUAGAUAAGAAUUAAGAGCGUACGCGGACGAAUGCAGCAGCGGCGGGCGUACCGUAGACAGAAAAAGUUCUGCGACGAACGGAAGGAACGGGAAAUCGUGAGCGCAAACGCCAUUUGUUCGUGGUAUUUCUUUACGUCGUCGAUUUUGCGUUUCGAUCCGGUCGGUCGGACACGCGGCAUUUCGGUCCAUUCGCGCACCACGACCACCAGCCGAUGCGUUUUUCGGCCUCCCGACGGCUCCUAGGACCGGCACGUCAUUAGCUGACGGAGCAGAGCUGUGACGUUACGAGGUGGGUGCAGCCAACGUCCGUCGUUAUCAUGGGCGCCGGACCGAGUCACGGUGAACUGGCCGACAACGACUGUCUGCUGCGGUUGGCCGGUGAGCUGGAGAUUACAAUAGACGACCCUUUCUGGGACACGUUCCUCACAUUCUCAUUGAACCCGCCAACCUGUAGCCAAGACGACAAAAUGUUGACUGACCGCCUCAAGAGCAUCUGUGAAUCACUGGUUGUCAAUAACAGAAACACGUCCAAUUUCAAGACAUUGAUCAGACUGCUGUUGGAUAAAGUGGAUUUCCAAAAGCUAGAAGCCGAAGAAAACAAUAUUCUACGGUGGCAAGUAUUCAAUGGACUGUUUAUUGCUCGAUAUUUUCUCAAAUAUCUUGUUCAAAAUUCUAAAGAAAUUGAACUCAUCAAUCAAUUUGAGUUACAAACCGAUGGAAUUGAAGUAGCAUUAGGUGACCGUAAAGAGUAUGCUGUUCCAGAAGAUUUAAAUGAAACAACAUCAUUCAAGUUUUUUGCGCUUUUAGUUAAAAUUGUUUCUGAAUUAAAAGUAACGGAUUCUACCUAUUCAAUUCACUUAGAGAGUUUAAAUUGUAUUAUUAUUGUUUUGUCAAUUCAAAUGUAUACCAUUCAACCAUCUAGUAGUCUCAUCAUAUACAGAAUAUUCAUGGAAAAUAUUGAUGCACCAAAAUUGUCAAAAGCAUUGUUACAAAGAUAUACAGAGCAAAUUAAGCCACCCAUGAUGUCAGGAGGUGGAAUUUUCUAUGGAUUAGCUUCAAACUUAUGGAACAUACUGACACUCAGUACUAAUGUUCCUGUCCAAACGAAUCAGAGUCCAUUAAGUUCAUUGUCAAUUAGUGUGUUGUUGAUAUUGAUUAAUCACUGUACAUCACCGCCACCUCCAAAGGGAAACCCAUAUCGUACUUGCAUUGCUUCACUAUCUGACAAUCUUGUGGUUAUAUACCAAUUUUUGGGUGAGAAUCCAGAUGCUCCAUUAAGUGAAGAAAAGACUUUAUUACUGUAUCAUUUGAUACACUGUAACCCUAGCUUUAAAUCAUUUCUUCUGGCUCGCACUGAUAUUGAAGUAGUGUUGAUUCCACUUUUAAGAACAAUUUACAAUACACAGAGUAGUAGAUUUCAACAUAUGUACAUGGCUCUUAUUGUACUGUUGAUACUCACAGAAGAUCAACUCUUCAACAAAACCGUCCACAGUAUUAUACUGAAAGGUGCAACUUGGUAUCAAGAAAGAGUGGUGUCUGAAAUUUCUCUAGGAGGUCUUAUUAUUUUGGUCACUACGAGAACAGCACAAUACAAUUUACUGAAAAUGAGAGAUAAAUACUUACACAUUAAUUGUUUUGCGGCAUUAGCAAAUAUGUCAUCGCAAUUCAAUCAGCUGCAUCCAUAUGUUUGUCAAAGAAUGUUGAGCCUAUAUGAGGUGCUGUCAAAAACAUUUUUAAGAUGCCCAAACCAAGAUAUGAGUGCCAUUGAUGAAGCAUUGCGUAUAGUAUUGGAAGUGAUAAAUUCGUGUCUAUCCAAUCAGCUAAUACACAAUCCUAAUUUAGUGUAUGCUCUACUCUACCAACGCAAGGUGUUUGAGCCGCUGAAGAGCCAUGAAGCAUUCCAUGACGUAAUCCAGAACAUAGACAUGGUCAUAACAUUCUUUUCGGCAAAACUCGAGAGAGAAGAAGAAUUAUUGAAUUCAUCUGAUGUAAAUACAAUGUUGUCCCGGGUGCAACAUUGGUCGCUUCAAUGGCCCAGAGACCUUAUGAAGAAAUUCCCAGAUCUUAAAUUCAAAUAUGUGGAAGAAGAGAAACCCGAGGAAUUUUUCGGUCCAUACGUUUGGUCAUUGGUGAACAUAUUGUCUGGUAUUAACUUUGAAUCAACUCUCUAUAAAUUGAAUUAAUUGACAAUAAUAUAAAUUUUAAGUUUUAAAUAUUAUUAAUUUUGUUUUUCAAUCAAUACUUUAUAUAUUUUUUUUUGUUAACAUAUGAUUGUGUGAUAAGAGAUUGUAUGUAUUAUGUACAGGUAAAUAAAUACUAAAAUGCUUUACUUAAACCACAGCUUUAGAUAAACUAUAUAAAUAUUAUCUAUAGCCGUGGCUUAAACUAUUGUUAUACUUCCUGAAAUAUAUUUAUAGUAAUUAUUUUCAUAAUUUAUUGUUGAUUUUUUUAUGUAUUUAUAAUAAAAAAUAGUAUAUGUUUUUCCCA